ACAACACUGUUGCAUUGUGGGACAUGUGAUUGACGCGGCGGCCAUUUUCCCGCUGGACGCUGCUUCCCAUUGUGGAAACGAAGAAGAAAAUAAGAGACAAGCCAAACAUUUCUCCCCACUUCUACUCACUUUCCCCCCCAGGUGAUCUUUAAUAGCCAUGGCCCGUACCAAGCAGACCGCCCGUAAGUCCACUGGAGGCAAAGCCCCCCGUAAGCAGCUGGCCACAAAGGCUGCCCGUAAGAGCGCCCCAUCCACCGGUGGAGUCAAGAAGCCCCAUCGUUACAGGCCCGGUACUGUGGCUCUGCGUGAGAUCCGUCGUUACCAGAAGUCCACUGAGCUUCUGAUCCGCAAGCUGCCCUUCCAGCGUCUGGUGAGAGAAAUCGCCCAGGACUUCAAGACCGAUCUGCGUUUCCAGAGUGCUGCCAUCGGUGCUCUGCAGGAGGCCAGCGAGGCCUACCUGGUGGGUCUGUUUGAGGACACCAACCUGUGCGCCAUCCACGCCAAGCGUGUCACCAUCAUGCCCAAAGACAUCCAGCUGGCACGUCGUAUCCGUGGGGAGCGCGCUUAAACGCUCUCUUUUUAUCUUUCUCCUUUUCACCUCUUCCUGCCCUUCCUUCACAUGUCUGUCUCUCCGUCCCUCUGCCCCUCCCGCCCUCCUCCCUGUGUUAGUAGUGUGUAGAGGAAAACUGAUUAUAUUAUGGAUAAAGUGUAUGGUCGUGUUUUUCAUAGUGCUCUCGGCAGCAGGAUACUCUAGGGUACUUUUUCUGCAUGUACCGACUCUUUGGUGAUGAGGUCUCCUCAAGCACACGUCUCCUAGUUUGCACUGUCUGUGACGAUGGGAAGUUAAGGAUGUUUUGUGGAUAGAAUAAGGAAGAAAAAACUAGAACAUUGCAAAUUUGGGAGGGACAGACCGGAGGAGAGGUUGGGUCUGUGUCUGCUGGGAGACUCUGGUCUCUUCUCUGCAGCAGGGUGCUACAUGAACGCUCCCGGUCCUCUCCUCCUGCGCUCCAUCCUCUGCGGCCGCUCAGAAAUGUGCAGAGAGCAGCGUCAGUCAGGAAGGAUCAUCUGUCCCUGUUUGUGCAUGAGUGUCAGCUCUGAUCACCACAGCAUAUUGUAUACAACCCAUCAGAAUCUUCUGAAAUGUACGGUCAUCAUAUUGCUCUUUGCUUUCAUGCAUCGUGUUAGGUUUUUUAAGCACAGGAUUUGUUUUCCUACUUAAAACCAUUUGUUGAUGACAUGGAGAUGAGGGGCGGGGGGGAUACAUCAGAAUUAAAACACCUACAGAGAAGAACAAAACGAUUCGAACAGUUUGUUUUUUUCUACCUAAAUGUGAAGCUACUAACUCAUUUUGGCACCAAAGUCUGAUCCUCUUGUGGACGCUCUUUUCCUACCUGACAGAAGAGUUUAGCCUCUGUUUUUGUGAGGUUCAAAUUAGUUUCAUCUAAUUAUUUAAAGCCAAAGCUCGAGAGCCUGAGUUUGGUCUCACAAAUACUUUUGUAGCAGUGGCUUAUUUUCUAAUAAAGAGCGUUUUUAUGACAACGGUUGCUCUAGGUUUGUAAUGUAAAAAAACCAAAAGCUCUCAAAGUGUAAAAAACAAAUAACGGAUUGAAGUGUGAAACUGUUUAUAAAUCAGUAUUAAAUGACAAAUAAUGAGUUGUGUUUCUGUUCACGUCCCCCCUUUGCUUCUAGUUGUUCUCCGGAUCACUUGAUCGUCUGUUUGCUGUUUCUCAGGUUGACUCGUCACCUUUUUAACUUAAUUUGUAUUAUUUUUUGCUCAGUUUGAUUUCCUGUUUUUCUUUUUUGUUUCUUUUUUUUUUUGGAAAUGUUGAGGAUAAUGUUUCAAUUAAACAAUGUUUGUAAUUUCCAGAUUUGUCAUAUAAGGUGGUAAUAAAUGGAUGUUACACACACA